AUGACCUCUUCGCUGGCGUCGCAGCUGGCGGGUCUGCGCUCGCACAAUGCUGCGCGCCUCGCCAGCGCCAGUGCGAUGACCUCGCGUGACUCGUACCUAUUCACGCCGCGCGUGGCUGCCGAACAGGACCACGCCACCGUGCACGCCCUCGGCCAGACCGGCUGGGAGCAGCUCAUGGACGAGGACGCGGUGCUGGCUCAGUGGCCGCACGGCGAUCUGCUCUUUGGCGAGAAGAGCGUGCACACGGACCGCACGACGCUACCCAAGUCGGCGAACGCCGAGAUCGACGCGGCCGUCGCCGAGUUCCUCUACCUCGUCGGCCCCCGCCUCCUAUCGCGCAGCGCGGCCAAGUGCAUCGAGUGGCUCGUCCGCCGCUUCCGCAUCCACGUGUACUCGCCGCGCGACGUGCUGCGUGCGUUCCUGCCAUACCACCUCACGCCGCAGUUCGCGCGCAUGCUGCAGCUCGUGCCGCUCGACGCCGAGCCUGCGCUGCACUUUCUGCAGCCCGUCCAAAAGGCCCAGACACCCCUGCCCAUGACCGUGCUCCUGCAUGCCCUCGGCGGCCAACUCGACCUGCUCCGCUGGGUCGCCCAUGCGCGCGCGCCAAGAGGCGUGGCCGUGCGCCGCGCGCAUGUGCCGUUCUGGACGUCCAUCCUCGUGCAGUUCUGCUUGCACCGCCGCGCCUCCAGGCGCCGCGGCGCCGCCGACGCGCAGGCCGUCCUGGCCAUCCUCGUGCCGGAGAUCAGCUACAUGGCCGAUGCGCGCGACACCGAGGCAGCCAUCGGCGCGCUCAUGGUGCUCUGCUCGGUGGGCGCCGCCUUCCCCCUGAGCGCCGCCGCGGUGCGUGGCCUCAUCGACGGCAUCGCACACCUCGCCACGCCUGACGCCGCACCGGACGUGGCGCGCGCCGUCGUCGCCGCCUGCAUUGCGCUGUGUGCGAGCCCCGAGGACGCCCACGACCCGUUCCGCCCGGCCGCCGCGCAGCUUCUGUCCGAGCCGACGCUCCACGCCCUCCUCACGCUCCCGCAGCUCAGCGCGCAGUGGUCGCGCGCGCUCGCCUCCCACGACGUCGCGCCGUUCUCCGCACAGCUACUCGCCGCCCUCUGCGCGCACCUCGCGCAUGCGCCGGCGCGCGCCCUCCUGGAGCAGGUGCUCGACGACCCAGCGCUGCCCAAGUCGCUCGCGCACCGCGUGUAUGUGCGCUUGCUGUGUGCGCCGGCGCAGGAACACUGGGAGGCGCGCGUGUGCUUGCUCGCUCAGCGCCGCGAGCGCGAUCCAGACGCCUUCGAUCGCGCCGUGUCCGACGCGCAGGCCGUCGACGCCGCACAGGCCUGGAACGUCCUCAGCGCCGUGCUCGAGUGGCAGGCCGCCGGCACGGUGCCGGCCGCCGGCGCCACGGACGCGGCCCUGUGGCUCGGCGUGCACAGUGCGGAUGCGAGCGCGCAGCAACUCGCCCUGCAGCACCUGCUGCAGGCCGUGCAAGAGGGCCACGUUCGCGCGAGCGACCCCCUCGUGCGCAGUGCUCUCGAGACGGCCCUAGCGCGCGCAAGUGCGCCGGUGCUCGCACUCUUGCGCCAGCACACCGACACGCUGCUGCAGGCAUGCGGCGCGCCUACACUGCUGGACGCGCUGCGCCCCAGCAGCGAUCGGGCGCCGGAGACUGUGGUGCCCACGCUCGCGCUCGCCGUCGAGGCACUGCUCCCUGCGGCGCCUGAGCUGGGCGCGCGCAUCGGCCGCGAGCUCGUGUGGCCGCGCCUCCUGCCGCUGGCGGGCGACGCGCCAUGCGUCGACGCGCUGCCCCUGUCUGAUCCGCAGAUGGUGCGUGCCGUGCCGUGGGCGCUGGCCAUCAAGGACGCGUCGGCGUCGCACGACGUGCACGCCGACCCCGUCGCCUGGACGCUGGCCAUGACGCAGGCGCUCGUGGCGCAGCAGAAGGCGAGCUCUGAGGCGGCCCUCCUGGACGAGGCGCAGUUCCUGUGCGACGCGCUCGACGCGCCCAUCUCGCGUGGCGGUGCGCUCGCCCUGCUCGUGCUGAGCCAGCUGCUCGCGCAGCCGCUCCCGCCGCGCGUGUGGACGGCGCUGGCGUACCGCGCCGUGGUGCUCGUCCACACGCAGCAGCUGCUCGCGGGGCAGGUGGACGAUGUGAUCCUCGGCGACUCGGUGGACCGCGCGAUCGUGCAGCAGGUGCACGAAAAGCUCUCGCGCAGCACGGUGCGCCUGCUCGGCGUGCAGCUGCUGUACACGGUGCUGCGGCACAUGCCCGUCGGCCACGAUGCGUCGCUGUUUGUCGAUGUGCAGCAGCGCCGCACGCCGGCCGCGCAGCUCGUGCUGCUCGUGUACCAGACGCUGCAUGCGCCGGGCGCCGGCGCGGUUGCCUCGCAGACGCUCGUGCCGGUGUUCUUUGAGCGCCUCGGCCCUCAGGCGCUCGCGCUGCUUGCCGGCGUGUGGACGACGCCGGGCGGCUCGGACGGCGCGGCGCCCACGUCGGUCGCCGAGCUCGCCGACGCGCUGGACACGCAGUGUGUGGUGCCGCGCAGCGAAGUGCCGGUGCGCCUGAUGGCCAUGCGCCACGCCGCGAUGCUCGUGCGCGCGGCGGCCGCGCAGUCGCACGCGCUCGACCUGCAGACGCUGCUGCCGAGCCUGCUCGUUGUGCUGCAGGACACGGUGCCCGUGCUGCGCGACGCCGCAGCGCAGCUGCUGUGCGCGAUGGACGAGUGGCACGCGGCGGUCGAGGGCACACGCGACGUGUACGGCCUCGAGACCGUGUACGGCGCUCGGAGCGCCGCGCUGCAGUACCUCGACGCGCCGACGUACGCCAAGUAUGUGUCGCUGCUCGCGCGGGAGGCAGGCGCGUUCGUCAACGACGCGUCGUACCUCGCUGCGACGCACGCCACCGUCUUGCGCGGCAGCGGCAAGAAGGACGCCCAGUUCCGCACAAAGGUGCUGUGCUACCUGCUGAGCCACGCCGUGUGCACGCCGGACCUCGACGCGCGCACCGCGUGGCUCGGCCUCGUGCGCGACGUGCCUGCGCCCUGCAAGCUCACGACGGUGCUGCCGCUCGUGCGUGAUGCGGUGCACUCGCACGGCCGCACAUCGACGCCGACGUACCUCGAGUGGCUGUUCGCCACGUACGACACGACCACGGUGCCUGUGCUGGAGGACCGCCACAGCGACGCGUGGCCGCUGCUGCUCGACGCGCUGCGUCAGGACGACGCGCACGGCGUGCCACGUGCGGCGCUGCGCGCCUUGCAGGCGGGGCUGUGCGGCGUGUUGCCGAUGGAGCUGCGGCAGCAGGCGCUGCUCGUGCUCGCCGAGGUCGUGGCGCAUCCUCCGACGCCGCGCAUCGCGGGCGGCGCCGAGGCGCUGCGCACGCUCCCGGUGUCCGAUGCUGUGCUCGUGCAGGUGCUGCGCACGCUCUGCGAGCAGGUCGGGCCGGCCGACGAGCCCAGCGCGAAGCGCGCGCGCGGCGCCGCCCCGAGCCACGAGCAGGCGCGCCAUGCCGCCGUGGUGCUCAUCACGGUGCUCGAGAGCCUGCAGAGCCGCACGCUCGGUACGAGCGCGGCGCUCGUGGCCGCGCUCUUCGACGUCGUGCGCGUGGCCAUCGAGCUGUGCACGUCGCACCUGUUCAACGCCGAGUACCUGCUCCAGCUCGCGAUGCAGAGCCUGUGCAGCCUGUUCGACCACAUCACGGUGCUGCCGGCCGACGUCGCGCAGGUCGUGCGCGCCGACACGAUCGUGAGCGCGAUCCAGGUGUCGGCCAACACGCAGAGCAUCAACCAUGCGAUCCUCCUGCUUGCCCGCUUCGCGCGCCUCGAUGCAGAGCUUGUGCUGCACAAUAUCAUGCCGAUCUUCACGUUCGUCGGCCUCUCGGUGCUGCAGCGCGACGACCGCUUCACGCUCUCGGUCGUCGAGCAGACGCUGCGCAGCAUCAUCCCCGCCUUUGUCAAUGCGGUGCGCCCGCAGGUCGUCAACGACAGGGACGCGCGCCUCGCCCUCUGGCGCGAGACGCGCAGCCUCCUGCGCAUCUUCUCCGACGCGUCGCCGCACAUCCCGCGCCACCGCCGCCACGUCUUCUUCCGGCUCCUCGUCGAUGUGCUUGGCACCGACGACUUUCUCGCGCCUGUGUGCAUGCUGCUCGCAGACCGCGUCGCGCACCGCGUGUCCAAGUCGCCGAGCCACAGCGCAGCGCUCCUGCAGCUCCCGCUCGGCCUCGUGCGCGCCGAGCCCCUGGACGUGCGCCUGCGUGCGCUGAACCAGAUCUGGGCCGAGAUCGCGCGCCUCCUCGCGCACGCCGACGACCGGUUCCUCGCGCCGGCGCCGAAGCGCGAGUACUCCGAGGAGCACCUGUCGCCGGCGCACCAGGCACACACGCUCCUGCUCUUCCUGCAGCAUGCGAUGCACCGCAUCGAGCGCGCCGACGCCGCCGCGUGCGCAGCCGAGCUCGGGCAGUACGCCUGGCACACCCUGUGCCUGGCGCCCACCGACGCCGCGCUGGUCGACGCGCUUGACAAGGCACGCGCGCCCGCGUUCCACGCGCUGCCGACGCCGACGUUCCUGGCUGUCGAGCUCGUGCUCCUACGUGGCGAGACGACGCUGGCCGGCAUGCCCGGCGCCCUGCCGUCGAGCGUGUCGCCCGCGGCGCGCCAGGCGACCGCACUCGCGCUCUGGGAGCAGCACGCGCCGCUCUCGCCGGCGGAGCGCGCCGACCAGGCGGAGGCGCUCGAGGCGUGCCACGAGGCCCUGGUCGGCGUGUGGGAGGCACAGGCCGGCGAGCCGCUCGGCGCCGCGGCGCUGCAGGCGCUGCGCACCAGCAUCGCCACGUCCGUGGCAGCGGAGCAUGCGGGCCUCGCCGCGCUCAUGCCGCGCCUCCUGCGCCCGGCGCCCGCCGCCGACGUGCUGCGCGCGCUCGCCGAGCUUCUAACGCAGGUGGGCGUGCGUGCGCUGGCGCACCUCGCGGCGCUCGUGCCGUACGCGUCGCAGGCCAUCGAGUCGAGCGCGGACGACGCCGAGCUGGCCGCCGGUCUGCAGCUGCUGGCCGCGCUCUUCAAGACGCUGCCCCAGUUCAUGCACGCACACGGGGCGCGCGCGAUGCGUCUGCUGUGUGCGCGCACGAUGCAGGCACGUCUGGCGCGCACGCAGGUGCGCCACGCGCACCGCCAGGUGCAAGAGGCUCUCGUGAAAAAGCUGCCGGCCGCCGCGGUGCUCGACGCGUGGGCCGGCGCAUGGCAGGACGAGCAUGUGGCGCGCACGGCGCUCCUGCCGAUCCUCCACCACGCGGUGCGCGAGAUGGACGCGAGCGGUGUGCACGCACACUACAAGCAGGUGUUCCGCCUGCUGCUCCCUGCGCUGGACGCGCAGCGCGAGGCAGAGGACGCAGGCGCGCUCAGCCCCGUCGCCGCGCGCGCCCUGCCGGUGUACGUGGCGCUGGCGCUCCGGCUGAGCGAGACGCAGUUCCGCCCGCUGUUCCUGCGCACAUACGACUGGGCCGUCGUCGACUUGCUCGACGAGGAUGCGGCGGGCGUCGAGGCGCGCACACUCGUGCUGUACACGCUGAUCCAGCGCCUGCUCGAGCAGCUGCAUGCCAUGUUUGUGCCGUUCUACGCGGUCGUCCUGGAGCAUGCACGCACGCAGCUGCGCACGCAGUCGCCGGCCACGCCCGUGUGGCAGGCCGUCGCGCGCAGUGUGUGCCUGAGCGCCGAGGCCGACGAGGGCACCUUCUGGAACGCGGCGCGCGCGACGCCGCUCGUCGCGCCGCUGACCGACGCGCUCGCUGCCGACGCGCCCGGCGCCGACGAGGCGCGCGACGCGGUGCUGGCGCUCGCGCGCACGGUCACAGACGACAAGUACCUCUCCACACUCAACCGUGCGCUGCUCGCGCUCGCGAACGACAGGGCGGACGUCGCUGGCCGUGUGCGCGCGCUGGAUGCGUGCGCCGCGCUAUGGGAGGCGCACGGCAUCGCACUGCUCGCGUUUGUGCCUGAGACGGUCGCCACGCUCUCAGAGACCCUCGACGAUGCAGACCCACGCGCGGCCGCCGCCGCGCUGGCGCUGCGUGCGCAGGUCGAAGAGGCGCUGGGCGAGCCGCUCGACUCGUACUUAGACACGGCGUAG